AUGAUAAUUAUAAUUGGUCGUUGGUUAUUACCAAAAGGAAAAAUAAGUCGUUCGGCACUUUCUCAAUUGCUACUUGUUUAUUUAUCAUUAGCAUCAGAUAUGAUUGAUCUAUUAUCAAUAUUUCAAGAAGAUAAAGUUCUACAAGAUCAAGAAAUGAUCUAUUCAACUUUAGCUGUUUUUUCAUGGUCAACAUUACAAUUUAGCCUUAAUCUUGUUGCAUCACGUGGUCGAACAUUUCGUUUUGAACCUGAUAAACAAAAUUCAAAUAAUCAAUUAAAUAUUUCCAAUUCUCGACAACAACCUCAACGUAUUAAAUCAACAUAUCAAAAAUUAGCAAGCAGUGAAUUACCAUCAAUAUUUAUAACAAUAUUAAUGCAAGAUUUACCAUUUCUUGUUAUUCGUUUUAUUGCUGUUAUUCAUUUUAAAGUACAAUCAUAUACAACAAUAUUUUUUACUUGUAAAAAUCUUAUUAUUUUAUUCUUACAAUUCUAUCGUUUAUGGUCUAUUUGUAUUGAACAUAUGGAUCAAAAUGAACGUAAUCAUCAUGAUAAACGCUUAACUACAGAUCAAUCACCACCACUACUUCUUACUGAUUCAUCUAAUACUCAAUUUAUGUUAGCAUGA